AUGGCUCCGAUUCUCGGCUACUGGAACGUACGAGGGGUAAGAAUAAUUUCAAACUUGUUUAAUUUUGUCUUCAUUUUAUUAACUAUCCGUUUUGCAUUGCUGACAAGAAAAUUAUUCAAAGGGCAACGACCGAACAGCCAUAGAGGGCGACGCAGUUGAAAUGCGAGUUAAGCGGACUUACCGAGACAUGUCUAAGUCUGCCUCUGGGAUGAAUUUUGUCACUUCAGGGGAACCGCUCUUCUGCCCAGUUGGGUAAACGUCCUCAGGUUUCUCGUAAGCUUCAGAGGCAAAAGUUAGGUAGUGGGCAGUAACUCAUCUUACGCCUGGGUCUAUAUUUAGUUUUUUUUAUUGUUUACCUUCUCUGUUAAUCAAAUUUGAAUUAAAAUGGAAAAUUUUGCUAUUUUUACGUGCUAAACAGUGUGGCUAAGUAAAUACCUGCAUCGCUAGGCAGAUUGUGUCAGCGAUGGCGAUCCUAUUGUCCAACGAUGUUGUGUAAGGAUGUUAGCUGCAAAGACUGUGAGGUAGAAACUCGUUUAAUAGGUUACUUGACUAAAGAUUUCAGCACCUGGGUCACGCACACCAAAAGUUUCGUGGCAUAUCACUCUAGUUUUGCAAACGAACAGUGUAACAAUUCCAAAGCUUCACAAAAGCGAAAAAAAAAUGAAAGAUUUUCCCCUUCGAGGCAAUGAAAACAAUCAUAGGGGGUGAUGUUAGUCAUGCAUGUUCAAAUCUUCGCACAGACACAGUCUAUGUUUGAACAAUACAUGAACCUUUGAAUUAAAGUUUUGCGUAACUAGUUAACAAACUUCGAUCUCAAGGCAAACAAACUUAAGAUCGAAAUAAAAAACAAGGUUAAUGGACUAAAGAACAUUUAAUUUAUGGAUUGUGCUUAUUUAACCUUACGUAUUUUUUAAAUUUAUUUCGUCGUAUUGUAGGUUUUUGUCAUGUAACGUCUUUUGUUUUGCAAGAUAAUUUGUAGGUUUUUUAUGUUUCGUUUGUUCUAUAAUUGUAAAAAAAACAUGUUUUGUGUAAUUCGUUCAAGUUUAUUCGAAGUCGUGUUCGAAUUUAUUCGAGGUCGUUCAAGAUUAGUUCGUUCGAGAUCGGUAAUUUUGUGCUAAGUUUAACUUUGUUAUUCAUACUUAGUUCGAGUUAAUAAUAAAAUGUUCAACAAGUGAACAUUUUUUAGUAGCAGGGCGAGGUUUUUCAUCACAGUUCAGCGUGGUUAUUAUCACGGAUCUUCGAGGUUAGCGUUAAAUCAAUGGAUGUAAAUACGGGCGGAAAUUUGGGUAGAGUUGCGGAUGAAACUACGGGCGAGGAUAAGGAACUUAUCAAGAGCAUAAAGCAGAACAAAGCAAGGACUAAAUCGGCAUUUAUCAGGAUAGAGAAAAAAGCUGCUGCACCUUAUAGACGAGGAAGAUUAUCCACGUCGGCGGGAAGUUAGAGAAGUUUGUUGAAAACUUAAUGUCGCGCAGGAACGCGCUAAGAAGACAAUGCAACUGUCGUCGGACGAGUAUUUACACCUUGAUGAAAAGGACAAACGCAGGAAACUUGGAGAAGAAAUGGAAGAACUGGAAAUGGAAUUUUCGGGAGCGAGAGAAAAGGCUAAUGAAUAUUUGGAAAGUUGUAAGGACGAACUCUUAAGUUUGGCAACUGAUGCUUCAGAAGAGACUCGCCUUCGUCGAAUCGAAGAAAGAGCGGCGCAUAAGAGUGUGGAGAAAUUUGUAGAGGACAAAUUCCAUUCCUGUCUUAGGUGGAGAUAAACGACAGUAUGAAGGGUGGAAAGAGCAAUCACAACAGACUGUUACACAACGAUAUGCGGCCAACCAAUCACAUUGAGCAAACAGAUAAUCGCCAGUCGAUGGAUCGUGGUGAAGAAGAUGGGGGUCAAAAUGAAAGAGAAGCUGAUACUAUUGGCCAAGAAAGAAGUCCACUGGUUAAUUCUUCUCCCUAGGUCACGGAAGAGUAAAUAUUGGAAAGGAAACGCACUACCACAACAGUUUCUGCACCCGCCGAUCGCGUAAUAAUCGUAGCAUUGCGCACAGUACCAGUGAUUCUGAAGUAUGGUAAUCGGAGAAUUAAAGUGAAUGCAUUACUAGACGAGGCAUCUACAAAGACUUAUAUAUAUGCCGACGUAGCAGCUGAAUAAGGUCUCCAAGGGCAGCCCUAGAAAGUAACUGUAAACAUUCUCAAUGGUCAAACAGAGACGUUCGAGAUUACGCCAGUAGAAGUAGAACUUGAAAGCUUAGAUGGAAACGUGAAGACGAAGCUAAGUGCGUUUACUUCAGAGAGAGUCACAGGAGACGUUGAAGUGAUGAGUUGGAAGAAACAUGCAGUGAAGUGGAGUCACCUGAAAUUGAUACAGUUUUCAAAUCUUGGUAUUCGCUCCAUAAUGGAUUUGCUGAUUGGAGUCGACUACGCCGAGCUACACUUCCCAUUUAAGGACAUUCGAGGAAAUCCCGGCGAGCCGGUGGCUAGACUAACCCACUCAGGAUGGAGCUGCACCGGACCUGUUAGUGGCUUGAAACGUGGUAGCUAGGGGAAAGAGUGCCGACACAAACGAAAUCAGAAGAUUACUUCAUGAGUCCUGAAGACCAAUGUGCACUAGAGAAAGUCGAGAAGUCUCUUAAGAACGUGGAUGGUAGAUAUCAAGUGGGAAUUCCAUGGAAGGAAGACAAUCCAAUUUUACCAGACAAUUAUGAAAUGGCCCUAAGAAGACUGAUAAACACAGAGAGGCGCCUAUUAAAAAGCCCCGAGUGGUACCUACCUCAUUUUCCUGUAGUACGACCGGACAGAGCCCCAACUAAAACUCGCAUAGUCUUCGAUGCUACAGUUAGAUACGAAGAAGUCUCCUUAAAUGACGUCAUUUAUUAAAGACCAAAGUUUCAGAGAGAUUUGAACGAUGUCUUACUCCGGUUCAGAAGAUACCCUGUUGCACUUAUCUGUGAUAUUGCUGAGAUAUACUUGAGAAUUGAAGUUGCGCCAAAGGAUCAAUUGUGUCAAAGGUUUCUGUGGAGAUCACUGGAUCAACGGUGAACUAGCAAUUUCCUUUUACGUGUAAAAACAUGCCUUCUAAAUAAAGCCUAAAUAUUAAACACCUUGGGAUCGUCGUAAAGUUCAGACGGACACCUGCAGUCUCUGUAGAAAUAAAUUAAGUUUGACUCUUGGUUCAACUUAACCAUUGAGUCUAACGGGUUGAGAAAGUCAGGGAGUUGUACUACCAAGGCAAAGGUUUUUAAAGACUAUGUUUUCUUUUUCAGAAAUAGAUAAAUUAUUUAACUCAUGUAUAAAUUCCAUCUACCAGAAGGCAAAUCCAAUGGUGGAUUUUAAGAGGCACAAUCAUGGAGUUCAAAUCUGAACAACCUAGAAUAUAAACCAGUUUAUCGGUUAAAUAGGAUCAUUGUCGGAAAUAGAAUCAUUAGGAUAAAUAUCCAGUGCUUAAAACUUUUCGGUUAGGCCUUUAUUUAUAAAAAUAAAUGAGUGCAUAAAAAACGAGAAUAACUCUUAUUCCAAGGAUACAUAUUUGUCACUAUUAUUGACAGAUUGCUGAACCAAUUCGCUAUCUGAUGGCUUAUACUGGAACAAAGUGCGAGUACUGUGACUACGUGACUGGGGACGGUAAGUACAUUCUUGGAGGCUGUAGUGAUCACUCGAACUUUUGCUUGUUAGAAUAUUAACUUUAAUCGGUGAAACUCAACUCAUAUAAAACUCUACUCGAAAACUCGUGUUACAUGUAAUCAAACUCGUGUUACGCUUGGGAGUGAGGCGGUUUCAACAGAGGCUGAAUAAGAAAGAAAUGAUAAAAUGAAUGUAACUUGACAGCAAUCCGUUGUGUAAGUUACGGAUAGAUUCCAUGUUACCGUGCUUCUGUUCAGUAACAGAUCACAGCUGAAGUUGGCAAAAUGUGGUUAGAACAAAAAAGUUGCGGACACGAGGCGCAGCCGGCUGUGCAACCGAUGUUCUUAUCACAUUCUGUCGUUUUCUGUGAUCUGUUACUGAAAAGAGCACGGUAACAUAAAAUCAAUUUGUUUUAAAUGAUAAAAAGGCAAAAUUGUUAGUAAUGGUGAGGUCAUUCAUGCGUCUGUCUUCCGAUAGACAAAAAACUAACAACCGAUCAAAAUGCGUGUAGGAUUUACCUCAUUAGACUCUGCUGUUUACCCGUGCUAUGCUAACUGACAGUGAUCGCCGUCUGUUGAUAUUUGCAGCACCUGAUUAUGACAAAAGCGGUUGGUUGUCUGUGAAAGAGACGUUAGGACUGCCCUUUCCGAACGUAAGUGAUGGCCGACCCUUAAACCCUUUACACCCCUACAUCAGUCUGCAUAUUCUCCAUAGUUUUCUCUACACGUUUGUUAUGAUGUUGACAAGGAGAAUUUGUCAAUUAAUCAAGAGCUUCUUUAGUUAGGAUUCCUUUCCUUAAUUUUCAUGCCUUAAAUGUUUGAUUGAUAGGUGAUAAUGUCAAGAGAAAUUAGACGCUAAAUAAACUAGAUUUUCUGCUUGUCUACAUGUCCAAAAUAUUUCUUUUUUUCCUCUUCAUUAUUGAUGAAGUGUACGAAUUUCGGGAGAGAAUCAGAUUUUUUGGUACUGUUUAUCUUUCAGUUACCCUAUUACAUCGACGGGGAUGUGAAGUUAACACAGACGACAGCGGUAGGCAAUGUUGCAUGUGUUUUAAGAUCACAUAAACUGACUCAUGAAAAAUAUUACAAUUUAGUGUGUACUAUAACAGUGGAUAACGUUGAAGGUGCCCUCUGAUUGGCUACUUAAACUUCAAAUAUCCUUCACUAUUUACCUCCGAGAAACUCGCGCGGAACUUGCGCCCGAUGACAUUUUAAUUGUUGCAGGAAUUAAGGACUGUAUAAUUUGUGGAAAAAUCACGCAAUUUCAAACGACAUCGACUCAAAACGUUCCUCGAGUCGUUGCUUUUAAGGUCUUAAUUUGCAUCCUCUAGUAACGGGCUUUGUGCACGCUUUUAGCUAUAUCUUUUUUUCCUUCGAUUAAUUUUUUAAUUUCUCCAUUUUAAAGGGGAUGAUUUGAACGCCAAAAUUAUGCAAUAAAAAAUAUAGAUCAACGUGCUCGUUCAAGAGCUAAAAACCAUCGUAUCUCUUUGCCUGAUCCAUUGAUUGAAAAAAAUACCGUGUUCUCGGAGUGCGCGCUCGCUUAUUCACUUCAUCACGUUAUUUUUAUGCGCGCUGCAGGAUGCGCAAUAAAAAUCAUCUUUUUGUGCUAUAUUAUCUCAAUCUUUUUUCCUUUGACCUCUCUCUUGACAAGACGAAAAACAUCUUUCUCUAUUUCUUUACCGAGCUCAAAACUUACCAUCUCUCUUAUUUCUAUCUACAAACAUGACGCUAUCGACAUUGCUGAUCCUAGCAGUAUGCAGGACGCGUGUCAUAUGAACUUCGUAAUAGCCCUCGCUCACCGUGGAGUCUGUGGCUCAGUGGUAGAGCAUCGGAGCGCGGAAUCCGCAGGUCUGAGGUUCGAUUCCUCAGGGGGACUCAGAGUUUUUUCUUUGUCCCACGCUCGUGACAAGACGAAAAGCAUCUUUCUCUAUCUCACUCUUUAAGUACAUAGUUUAACAGCUAUUCAUGUUAGUGUCAGUGGCUAGCAGCGAAUAUUUACCUCGCUUCUUUGCGGUUCAUUAAAUAUCUACUUCAGUGAAUAGUUGUUCAUUAUUCAGUUAAUCAAAUAAUAUCAAUUAAUUUAUUCAUGUGGAUCAAACCACCUCAUACCACAAACGGUAUUCUACGGUUUACAGCAAAAGCCAAGCUUUUUCCCACAGUAUUAUGUCACUGUGAACAACUGGUCCAGACGGAGAAUUACAAUAUGGAGCCUGUUUCUGAUCAAACUAAAUCAGAGUCCUCGAUUUAUAGUGCUGAACAAAAAGAUCCGCGUAGCAUUGGAACAGGACAAGGAGAGAGAGAGAGGGAUAACUUAUUUAUUUUAACGAAUGUAUUUUGUCUUCCCAGAUUAUUCGGCACAUCGCCCGAAAGCACAAUCUGUGUGAGUGUUCUUUUUUUCUUGACAGUUAACUGAAUAUUAAACUUAUUUAUCGUAAGUUUUUUCUUUUUAAAUUUAUUUUAAUUACGAAAGAAAAUACAAAACAAAACAAAAACAAAACAGAAAAUUAAUUACUAACAGAGUUACUGAAGAGACACUACUUACGUUACAAUAGUUGCGCUAAUUACAAUGAUACUUUACUUGCAUUUCUGUUACUUACAUUAAAAACACUAACGCUAUUUACAUCACAAUACUAACACUAUAUACAAUGGUAUCACAAGUUACACAGCUUAUACUCUAAAACCUAAAUUACAGAGGCUAAUUGCAUUUUGGUAUUUCUUCUACUCCGUUAUUUUCAUUUUAUAAAUUCUUUUCUUUUUUCUUUCUUUGGGGAGAAAACAUAUUCUACACAAAGUAUACUAUUUUAAUAUAUGUUUUACAUGUAAGAGAAGUAUUGGUUAGGGAGUCAAGGGCUCAGGAGACCUGAUCAAGCAAGGAUAGAAAAGGCUUCCAUUUUUUUGUGUUGCUUAGUGUCCUAGUUCUAAGUGAUAUAUAUGUUUUGGAUGAAUCAAGAAGUUGUUUCGAGUGGGAUAAAGUUCUUUCGAUCGACAUAUCCAAAUAUAGUGUUUAGCCAAUAGGCAGCAAAGAGUUAUUUGAAGUUUGAAUUGGAGCUGUCAGGCAUAAGACUCGAAGCGGUUUCUAUGCGUAGUUGGUUGUCUGUUGGGAGAAUCUGACACGACUGAAGCCAUGUCGCAAGAUUCUACUAGAAUAUUUUUGUUUUUUAGCAUCGCCAGAAUAAGUGCAUCAGAUCUUCUUUUUCGUUAUGACAAAAGGUGCAUUUUCCGUUCUGUCUAAUUCUCAUUUUUCAGUAAAUAUCUAUUAGUCGUAAGCCGUCUUUGUAAAACCUGAAAUUGAAAUCUAUUAUUUAGACUUCCCUAUGCACACGGCAGAUGUUUGAUAGACUUUCCUCCAAUCAACGUUUCUAUUGGUCGUGGAACCGAUAUCUUUGUGCCACUUCUCUUGACAUGAUAUUUAUCGUAUUUGCCUUCUCUUAACAUAUGGAUCAUUUGCUGAAAUUGUUUAAGAAACAUUUCAAAUGCAAAUGGCCUGAGCGAUUGAACUUAAGAGACUUGUAAACAUCGGUUGAUUUCGUCGGUGGCAAGCCUUAACCCCUAUAUAUACCUCUCUCCGCGAAUUCGUGGUUUCGAAAGCUGAAUUCCAUCGGAGCAAUUUCUGAGAAUCUGGAAAUAAAUACUUGAUUGUGAAACUUUAAGUAUCUCAAUGGGAUGAUGGCUUUUACAGCUAACGGUUAAAAUUUGACCAUUUUUACAGCCAACAGUGAACUUCUUUCCGAUACGUUUGAAAGAAACGUUGUUAGUACGGUGAACUUUUCUGACGAGUAACGGUUAAAAUGUUCAGUUUUUACGCCUAAGUACUAAAUUGUGUAUACGGUCUCCCAUCCAUGCCUCGUUAAUCUCUAUCAGGUCUCUACUGUCGAUUAGUUUCCAAAAGGUCUGGAUAGAAGCAGAUAUGUAACGAAUUUAAGGAAACGAACGACACUUCUUAAAAACAUGUUUCGACAGUUCUAUUGUCAUCUUCAGUUCUGAAUAUUAUAAAGUACAAAGUUGAAUUUAAAGUGUGUAACAAAACUCUUAUUGGACAAAACAAAUUAUAGCAACAGAACAAUGAAUCGAGAAGUUACCUUUUAGCUGCGAUCCUAGAGUAUGAAGGGGAAACGUCCUAAUGUAAGAGGGAUCGUAAAAAUCAGGAAACAUUAAGAGACAUCCACUUACCUAAAUGUAGUGUUACACUUAUUGUUUAAUUCCUAUCCUCCUAAAAGUGAGUCGGUACUUUACCCUAUACAUAUUAACAUCAGUAUGCAUUUUCUCCAUACACUUACUCACUCAAUCAUGCCCAUUAUGCCGUGUGGCACGUAGGGCGGCUUUUUGUGCUGUCUCCGUAACAUGGGUGUUUUACGGGAAAGGGUUGUUAGCCCUGUGCCCAACCCCCUAACUUGGAAGACCGGUGGAUCGCGCCUCGUCGGACCCCUACCUUUCGACCUGUCCGGCUUGGGUGGCCCUACCAGGAGACGAAGCUCCCGCCGGCAUAGCUCUAGGGGUCUCCGAGGCACUCAAGCCCGCCGACCACGACAAGGUGGCGAUCCUUCGAGGAUGUUCUCCUUACGGUUCUUUAUACACAUUUCCUAAGUACUGACAAGGAGAACUUGUUUAACAGUCAAGAGUUUCUUUAGUUGGUGAUUAUUUCCUUUAUUCUUGUCACCUUAAUGUGGGAUCCAGGGGUGAUGUUAGAUGCUAGUCACUCUUAGGGAAUCGUUAGUAUUUCAAGCUGAAGUGGUCCUCUCAGACGUCUUUUUGGCAAUUAUCUUAACUUUAAAUUUGUGUUUGAAGGUGGAACCAGCGAAGAAGAGAUGAUGAGAACCGAUGUAAUUGCUGCCGAGGUGCAAACGAAUAUCAUCACUUACUCUAAUAGUAUUAUGGUUUUUGUUACAUGGGAGCACCUAACAUUUCUGAACGUACGACUUUUGACGUACUUUGUUUUGUCGAUCAAGGGAUGCAAUUUCUAACGCUUAGUAGGUCUAAUAAGAUCGUUUGGUUUUGGGAAUUAGCUCCUCGGUUAAGGGAAGGGUGAAGGGCUAACGCUCGAAACGUUAGCUUUAGAAUUUCUUUACGGUGGCCAUUUUGCAUUAUCAAAUCGGUUUUUAAAACCAAAUUAUCUGGUGUACUCCCCUAUCGACACAGCUUCACAGUUUCUUUAGAUGUUUAACCCCGUUAUUCGCUUAUUGGAUCGAGUAUCAAAUUUAUCAUGAUUAAAAUGGAUUUUGAACUAAAUUAAAUCUGAGAAAGAAAAAAACCUUCUGAAAAGUUGUUGAAAAGUAUAAGAUGUGGAAACAUCUCACCCGGCUACAAGUUGAUCACUAAUCAUUAAAGAUCGAAAGACUGAUGUGUGUUCGUGCCAGCUGAACUGUGAAUCAGGAGUCCCGAGCUCAAGGAAGUUUUGCUCACUUCUUAUAAGUGAACAUUUAACAAAAACUGUCUUUGUAUUUUGUUCUAAUGGCAGUUGGUUUCGAGCGGUUACUGUCAGUAAAUGAACUCAACAAGUUACAUCUUGUCUUUGUUAGUCAGUGUUCUUCGGACAUGGAAAAAGAGUUCGCUGGAAAUAGUCCUUGGUACACUUAAUUUCAAGAGAAAAAUGUUUUGUUUUCGCUGCUAAGCCCGAUGAGAAAAAUUAGAUGACCAGAAAAAAUGGCCACUUCAAUUGACUGUCCGUCUUUUUGGUAUCCGGUCAUUUCGUAUUCAGGUACAGUCGUUUCGUACCCAAGUUUGAGUCGUUCCGUACCCAAGUUUGAGUAGUUUCGUACCCAAGUUUGAGUCGUUGCCUACCCAAUCCGCUGAUCGAUUCAUACAGAUAUCAAUCGUUGCGUACAACAAAUAAGUAGAGUCAAGCGAGUAAGACACAAAGAGAAAUCUGUAUACUUGUGACCUUCUCGACAAAAACAAUAUAAUUAUUGCUUGACGCAAGGUAAGUGUGAUAUUUUUAGUUGAAAAGUUUAUCGUUUUUACUUGUCACUUUUUUAACAAUAACAGCUCGUGUUAGUGUGAUAUUUUUUCUCCAAUUGCUAACUUGGAAAACAUACUUUAUUAGUUUGGGUACGAAACGACCGAGCUGGGUACGAAAUGAAUGAGCUGACUGGGUACGAAACGACCCAGUUGGGUAAGAAACAACUGGGUACGAAACGACCAAGGGUACGAAAUGACUGGCAACCGUCUGUGUUUUAUCAUAAUUAUUAUCAUUAUUGUUAUUAUCAUCAUUACAGGCAGUGGACUUCAUCAAUGGAUUCAUAAAAUUCACUUAUUUCAGUCCAGACAUGGUAAGAGCGUGUUUAUAACUGAGUCAAAUCAAGUAAUAAGACGUUUUAAGGGUUUCAUUCAAUUUUUUCGCGCACAAAACUGAAUUUUUCGCCUUCCGAAGUCUCUGAUGUUGUUCUUUGACGAUUUUGUUAUCCGGGGUUUGAGCAACCAAUCAGAGCGUGCAUUCAACGCUUUCCAUUGGUUUAGUAUAUACUAACACGAGUUAUCAGAAAUUAGCAAAAAAAAAACGUAAACUAAUCCAGCUGAGUGGUGACAUGAAUUAAUAUACCUUUAAGGAUUGUAAUACAGUUUUGUUAGUUAUAGUUGUAUUUAUUUCUGGUAAAACCAACUUGGUAUCAACACUCCAUUUAUUUUACAGGAAGGGGGAAGAGAAGCGUAUUUGAAUUCUUGCAAAGUGUUUCUUCAGCGUCACUCAGACUUCCUCAGCACGUAUCCUUACUUCACCGGCGAUCAUGUGAGUAUUCUAUGGUACAUUUUCCUAAUCAUCCCUUACUCCUUAAAUCCUUGUUGAGUAAUAAAUGAAGAGAGAGUAUUAGUAGAUAAGAAGGAUAGGAAGGCCACAAAAGGGAAUAAAAGAAUAAAAGGAAAAGGCGCCAAUGGGACACGAAGACUCAUGCGAGGCGCCUAUCCAACGGAAUGAAAGUUCAAAAAUUCUACAAAUUAACGGAUGUAAACAAAGAAACUGGUGUCAGAAAUUAACGAUGGUAACAAGGACAAUCCUGCGUGAUCGACCACGAAAAAACUAGGUCCACAUAAAAAGCUGACAUUAAAACGGACCCAUACGUAUUUUUUGAAAGAACCCGGGAGAUAAAAUUACCAGGCAACGGUAUAUUGCAUAUCGUAUCCCACAAUUGUAUAAUACGAAAAAAACACGAAUCUUGAAAAUUACUGGUAAUACAGGCUAGGACAGUAAGAUAGAACUCAUUCAAGAUGUCGCUCAUUCUAUAUAAACUCGACACGCGUAGCUUGAUAAUUGAUCCAACUGGCAGAUCCAACAACCUUUGUAAUUGACAUGUGAAAACAUGUGGAAUUUAUGUGCCAAUUAAUUUGAAGCUUUAACAUCCUUCUCUGGGGCAACCCACGGGAGUUUGACUGUCGUCUCUGCUGUCGUCCGUGUCAAAUCCAGCAUUUAAGGUAGGGCAACUAAUCUUCAAAUGUUCAAAUGCCCGAGGGGUUUCCCGGAGGGGAUAUUGAAGCUUCGAACUGAUCGACGCAUAUUCCAUUUCUUCCGCCUCUUAUUUAGUUAAGUUUUGCCGAUUUCAUGAUGUAUGAAAUCUUGGAUCAACUACGAACCUUUGAGCCAUUAGCUCUUAAUCCAUUUCAAAACAUCAAGGACUUCAUGGCCAGAAUCGAGGUAAGAUACAAAGAUGCAAUGAUGCCUAUUUUCUGAUCGAUGAACGAACCGAUCUCGGAAAGCAAAAAUCAUAGAGUGACGUAGAACGGAACCAAGGUAAUCACUAAGACCAAUCAGGGCGAAGGGAAAUCUCACAAGGAGCCAAUGGAAAAUUAAGGUAACAAAAAAGCAAAGUGCAUCAAGCGCAGGAAAACGCAAACAACUAAGUUCCGAUUGGUUUUCGUUUUGCAUCUGAUUGGCGAAGCAGAUGGCGCCAGUUUACUGGACCAAUCGCAUGGCAAAGUAAAGCAAAACCCAUAAAAUUUCUAACUACUUUUGACCCUCAUUAAAUAUUGCUCUAGAAGUACGAACAAGUUGAAAUUGUGCAGAUGCUGUACGAACAUGAAACACUGUUGAUACUAGGUAAACUGUGUAGUAUAAUUUGAUAAACUGAACUGACUACACACGCAUUGGAAUACUGACGCAUCAAUUAGUUCACCAUUUAUCACGAUUUUGCUUUUUUUAUCAUACGAAACAAAUCGAUUCGCACGGCAACAUGAAUAUCUAUUUGCUAAUUACACAGUCAAACACAAAACCGUUUAUUCUUCUUUUAGAUUUUUGUCUUUCACAAAUCAUAUCACUGUCUUUUAAUUUACCAGCGCAUUCCUGCUAUUAAAGAGUUCUUGGAGUCUGAGUACUUCCGUAAUCGACCAAUUAGCAACAAGAUGGCACAGUGGGGAACCAAGCCUAUUCCCCGUCAGUGA